UCUCUGAUAUCAAUUUCCCAACUGAGCUAUCAUUUCUAAACUAUGCUUGCUUCUAACACCAAUCAAAUCCAUGAUGAACAUGAAAGCCACCAACUUUCCUUACAAUUCAUAGAUUACUACAACUUCGAUCCUUUCCUCGAUGAAGAUUUCAUUUUGAGUCAAAUUUUGUAUACUCAAAAACAGCAAUUUCUUGAUGCUAAUAAUUUUGAACCUGAAAUUGGGUUUGAAAUUAGUGUCAAUAACACCAAUGAGGAGAUAACCCAGAAAGCUUUACCUCAAAAGAAGCCCAUUUCUAGAAAGAGAAGCUCGAACAAGGAUAGACAUAGCAAGAUCUGCACGUCAAAAGGGCCAAGAGAUAGAAGAAUGAGGCUUUCAAUUGAAAUUGCACGAAGCUUCUUUGAUCUUCAAGAUAUGCUUGGGUUUGAUAAAGCAAGCAAGACAGUGGAGUGGCUUUUUGCUAAAUCAAGAAGUGCAAUUAAGGAGCUAAAGGAGAAAUUUUUGUCAGAGGGUCAUAAUUACAACAAAAGUUUUGAUUUUUCUCCUCUUUUUAGGAAAGUUUCUGUUUUUGAAGCGCCUAGAGAGAAGAAGAGAAGGAAAUUAAGGGUGGUUGAUAAAGAAUCAAGAUCCAGGGCAAGAGCUAGGGCGAGGGAAAGAACAAGGGCAAAGAUUGUUCGUCGUUUGGAGAUAUCAAAAUGUGAUUUUGAAGGAAACCCAAUUGGGGAUUGUAUGAUGGGUGAUGUUAGUGAAGAAAUUGGCACUAAAAACAAGAUUUUUGAAUUCGAACGAAGCCAAAACGAGAGAUUUUUGAGCUCGAAUGUCGAAAACUCAGCUGAUGAUCAUGUUCAUCUUCUUCCUUGUUCCUCCAUGGAUAUGAGCUCCAUGUCCUUGGACAGCACCAAAGCAUCACCUGCAGGCUUGAAAUUGCUGGAACUUGAUGAAAUUGAUGGUGUGCUGAUCUUCUAUGGAGAAUGAUGCAAGAAUUUAAUCCAUGAUUCAAGGUUUCAUGAUUUGUAAUUUCAGACAGAAGUUAAGGUAUUGUUUAGUUUAAGAAUAAAUGUUCUUUUCCUAUGUCUCAUUGUUCUUUCUUUGGGUAAUAUUCAUCAAUUAGCUGU